AUGAAGGCCACUUUCUUCCUCGCUAUUGCUUUCCUCGCUGCUGUUGUCUCUGCCCGUGACAUUACCCAGGUCCAACAAGGCGGUACCGGUGGCAGUGACAACUCUGCUAAGGGUCUCGCUGGUGUCUCGGCUGCCAAUGGUGACAAUACUAUCCUCGGUAGCAGCGAGAAGAAGAAUGAAGUCAACAUGAACCAGAGUGUUAACGCCUAG